AUGUUCCAUUUUAUUGUCAACCCUAGCAGUCGAAGUGGAAAAGGAAAAACUCUUUGGAAUCUUAUUGAGAGGCAGCUGAAAGAACAUCACAUCAACUACAAAGUUCAUUUCACAAAAUAUGAAUACCAUGCGAUUAAAUUGGUCCAAGAAAUUUGCCAAGAGAAAGGUGAGAAGACAAUUGUUGCAUUAGGUGGUGAUGGAACUGUAAGCGAAGUUGUUAAUGGCAUUACAGACUUUGAUAAUGUUAAAUUUGGCUACAUUCCAACCGGAUCUAGCAAUGACUUUGCAAGAGGCUUAGGACUUCCUACCAGAUUUAAGAAAGCUCUUGAUUGCAUACUCUUCUCUAAUAAGACAAAGGAAAUUGACGUAGGAACUCUAGAUUUUGGAAACGAUGAAACACAAAAGUUCGGCGUUUCAUGCAGAAUUGGUUUCGAUGGAGCUGUUUGUGCAGAGGCAUAUAGCUCACCAAUCAAAAACUUCUUAAAUAGAAUCCAUAUGGGUUUCCUCAAUUAUACAGUAAUCGCAUUCAAGAACAUCUUCACUUAUAAGGUAGCCAAAUUGACAGUUACAUAUGACGAUACUGAUACACGCGUUUAUGAUCAAUGCGUCAUGUUAUCUGCUUUGAAUGGUCCAUGUGAAGGAGGCGGUUUGAGACUUGCUCCACAUGCUAAUCCAUUCGAUCAAUAUCUUGAUGUAUUCGUUUUGAAUACAAAUAACAAGAUCAAGAUCCUUACAUUCUUCCCAUUAGCAUAUCUUGGUAUCCAUAGAGCUUUGGACUACUUUGAUGAGGUAGAUAUUGUUAGAUGCAAGAAGUUACACAUCCAUUCUGAUGUUCCACUUCCUGUUCAUAGAGAUGGUGAAUCUUGCAAGUAUCGUACUGAAAUGACUGUUUCUCUCCAACAGAUGAAACUGAAAGUUUGCGUUCCAAAUUAA